AUGGCUACGUUAUGUAUUGUUUCAACUCAUAUUUAUCAUAAUCCUCUUUUAACCACUUCUCAAAGUCCUCGGCGUUUGGCAUGGACAUCAAUUACUGCUACUGCUGACACUCUUCGAGGCUCAGCAAACUAUCAGCCUUCUCAUUGGGACCACGAAUUCCUUCUUUCACUCAAGAAUAUAUAUGUGCGGGAAAACAGUGUGAGACAGAGAGAUUUUCUAAGAGGAAAGGUGAGGAAGAUACUUGAUGACACGACGACUCACCUUGGGAAACUUGUGCUAGUCGACAAAUUACAGAAGCUUGGGGUCUCAUAUCAUUUUGAGCGUGAGAUCGAUGACAUUUUAGCGGGCUUCUAUCAUAAUAAUGUAAUAGAUCGUGGCAAUGAAGAUUUAUAUACCACCGCACUCGAAUUUCGACUCCUUAGAGAACAUGGCUUCAAUGUCUCAGAAGGCAUAUUUGAUGUGUUCAUCAACAAAAUAGAAGAUGGUACGUUCGAUAGUGGUGAUAUAAAAGGUCUCAUCUCUGUAUACGAAGCCUCGUAUCUCGCGACAAAGUUGGAUACUAAAUUGCAUAAAGUCAUUAGGGCUUAUGCAAACCAGCAACUUAAAAAAAUCAUUGAUAGUCAUGAUCAUCAUAUUUACAAUAUAGAUGCCCUUGAGAUGGCCGUCGAAGCACUAAAGAUGCCGUACCAUUGGAGAAUGAAAAGGCUAGAAACAAGACGAUACAUAGAUGCGUACACUAAACAUGAUGUCUUGAUUGAAUUCGCCAAGAUCGACUUUAAUAUCGUACAAGCUGUUCAUCAAGAAGAACUCAAAUACCUCUCAAGCUGGUGGAGGGACACGGGCUUGAGUAAUCAACUUCACUUUGCAAGAGACAGAAUAGUAGAAAAUUAUUUUUGGACUGUUGGACAAAUCCAAGAGCCUCAAUUUGGAUACGUUCGACGAAUAAUGACUAAAAUAAAUUCACUUAUUAUAAUCAUCGAUGACAUCUACGAUGUCUAUGGCACUCUUGAUGAACUUCAACAAUUCACUGCCAUGGUUGAAAAUUGGGAUGUAAAUCGGGUUGAUGACCUUCCCGAGUAUAUGAAGCUGUGUUAUCUUGUAUUAUACAAUGAAACAAAUAGCAUUGGACGUGAUAUUCUUAAAGAUAAAAAUAUUAAUGUGAUCCCUUUCCUAAAAAAUUCGUGGGGAGAUCUAUGUAAAUCAUUUCUAGUUGAAGCAAAGGGGCAUAAAAGUAAACACAAAUCAAGUUUUGAAGAGUACAUGCAAAAUGCUUGGAUUUCAAGCUCAGCCCCUACUUCACUAGCCCACUUUUACUGCGUCUUUUCCGAUCAAAUCUCUAGUCAGGUCCUGGAGACUUUGUCCCGACACCAACAACAUGUCGUUCGGUGCUCUGCCAUCGUAUUACGCCUAGCUAACGACCUUGGAACUUCACUGGAUGAAAUGAGAAGAGGUGACGUUCUCAAAUCGGUCCAGUGUUACAUGAAUGAGACGGGAGCUUCAGAAGAAAAGUCACGUGCGUACGUGCAGGAGAUGAUCAGCAACACAUGGGAUGAGAUGAACUACGAGAUGAUUUCACAAGACUCAUCGUUACUUCCUCGGGGUUUUGUGGAAGCUGCAAUAAACCUGGCACGCAUGUCGCAAUGUAUGUAUCAGUACGGUGAUGGCCACGGCUCCCCGGACAAAGCAAAGACUGUUGAUCGUGUUUUCUCUAUAUUAGUUAAUCACAUUCCCUUAGAGUAGAUAAGACUUUGUCAAGAGCUAUUCUUUA